AUGCCUCAACGCGCUGCCCAUGGUACUUACGAACAGGAACGUAGCCACUUCAUGACCACACUUUACGCCCAGAUUGACAUUCUCAAGGACAACUACCCAGGUAACCGACAGCAUGUGAUCCACUCAUUAGGACUUCUACUACACCGGGUCAGGGGCUUACGCAUGGCCGGCCAGGCUCUGUUCAAGCACGACAAUCCUAACUGGACCAGUAAAUGCAAUAUGCUGUAUGAGCGGGUCGCUACUUUCCGGGAUACCCUCAUUCAGAACCCGAAGAGCACCCGCCAGGUCGCUAAUGAUAUCGAGUCUAUGAUGAUUUUCUUAGAUUUCUGUAUCCCCGAGGAUAUGCAGUUUCGGGUUCUUGUGGACAAGUUCAAUCGGUUUAGUACCCGAGAGGAGCCCCGAGGUGGUGAUCGUAGUGGUGCACCGUCCCCGGAGCCUAGACGCUGA